AUGAAGUUUUACCAGUUGGCGGUGACCACAAAUGGCUCGUUGCAGUAUGGGUUAACUAUUGAUCCAAAGCUGGAUUACUUGGUGUGGUCUCAUUUCGUGAAGCUUGUGGAAAGGGAGAGUUACAAUGAGUUGCAAUUAUUCACGAAGAAUUUCAAUGAUAAACGCUUGAUCAGUAGUGGAUCGCAUGGGACGGUACACAGGGGAAAGGCUCCAAAGAAACUUGCCAAGUUUCUGGGUUUGGACAGCCGUUACGUGGCUGUGAAGACAAUGAAGGGAGGAGGGGGCAACAUCUAUUUCGAGAGUUACCUGGCGGAAGCCAAAUGGCUUCCUCGCUUAAGACAUCCCAAUAUUGUCCAACUCGUUGGUCAUUGCAUCCAUUGCAUGACUGAAUGGUUCCUUGUCUACAAGUAUGUUGACGGAUGGACCUUGGACCAUCUAAUCCGCCAAAGAAGUCCAGAUUUUACUGGGCAGAGGAUGUUGAGAGUGAUCAAAGGGAUUACCGAGGGAAUGAAUUACCUACACUCUAUUGAGGAUGGUCUGAAUCAGGGCUUGGUGCACGGCGAUCUCAAACCGACAAACAUUAUGGUGAACAAGGAUUUCGAUGCCAUCAUCAUUGACUUUGGAUCGGCAAGGGUUUCCACCGAAGAAGCUAGCCUUGGAACAAAAUAUUUUGUCAAAGAUGAGGACAACGAGAAAGGGUUGAAUGCACAUCCAUUACAUGAUGCGUAUGCCUUCGGCAUGACUAUACUAAGGACCAUUGCUUGGGGCUAUCCUUUGUACGUGGGAGAUGAGCUUCAUAAGCUGGCAGCAAGUGCUGUAGGUGCAAAACCCCAAAGAAGAAAAGGAAAAAGAACAGGUGUUGUGCCUGCGUUGCAUCAUGCCAUGCAUCCUUCCUUGUUAGAAGGAGACGAUGGGUGCUCCGAGGCUACUGCCCGUACACUUACAGAAAUUGGGGUGAACUGCACAAAAGAUUGGGAUUCUCGGGCUUCUAUUGCAUCCGUACGCACACGCAUAGUAGAUCUGGUGUAGUACCAUAUAUAGUUUUUCCAUAGAUAAGUUUCCUGGAUUUCCUUAAUUUCUGUCUUUUGUGUCCCAUCCUUUUUUGCUGGUGAUCGAUAUUGGCCCAGGAGGUCAGGAUAUAUACCCGUACUCUUCUUCUACUGCUGAACAGUUUCAAAACAUGGAGAUUUUUGUGUCUGUUAAUAUCUCGAUCGAUCCACUUCUCAAAAUGUAAGACAAAUUCGAUUGUGUUCGAUUGAGCUCAUGUAAGUAAGUCAUGAACUCAUGAUCACCUAGCUAGUCUCUACUAUUGUUUUUACGAAGAUAUACAC